AUUAUUAUAAAAUGUCUAAUAUUACUGACAUUUAAAACUGCCACAAGAAACUAUAAUGAAUAUGGAAAAUGUUGCUUGUACCUGUUCAAACGCUUCAAAUUUACUAAAUAGAAUUGUAGCACUACUAGAAUGCGAAAUAACAAAACAUGAUAUUUCAAGAAUUUUAGAAAUGCUUUAUAACUUCAUUUCAGCAUCACAAUGCGGAAUUUAUGUUUCAGACCUAGUAGCUAUUAUGCGACUACUGGAAAUAGCGUGUGAUAGGUUUAAGGAAGUUCCCACUUUUAAAGACAUUUUAAAAAAUGUUUUGAACAUUUGCAAAAUUCCACCUUUUAUGAAAGUUUGCUCUGACGUUUUAAGAUAUGCCCCUGAUAUAAAAGAGUUUUUUGCAGUUUUAGGUUAUCUAUUAUUGUUAAUAGAAGAUGUCGACAUUCAAAACAUCGUUAUGGAUACCAUAAUGAGUUUAUUGGAAACGCCUGCGUAUUACAAAAGUCAAGUUCCUUUAGAAGUACGCAGGAAAGAGGCUGCAGCAGGAAGACUUCCUGGUCUUCUAGGUCAAGCUUUGUUUCUUUUGAACGAUGAACUAUUUAAGAAUCUUUUAUUACUGACCCUCAACUUUGCUAUUAACUGCCCUCAUGCUUGUAAGGAUCUGGCUUUUAAUGAUGCUCUAAAUGCAUUGUUCGUGAGAAUGGAAGGUACUUGGAGGUCCCGUUAUCCCAAUAUUCAUCCUAACAUGACCAAAAAGCCCGAAAUCAAUCACUUAAAUUCAAUUCUGGCUCUUGCUAAUGUCAUUUUAGCCGAAUUAAGUAAAAAGAGAGAAAUAAUAGUGGAUGUUCCGGUUAUAACGCGUUUUUCACUAUGGAAUAUCAAAUAUUUAUUUCAUUAUGUGGGGCUGAUUAUAAGAUGGGGAUUUGCAAGAAAUAAUCUAUUUACUUGUGUAAUGUGCAUGAUGGACCUUUUUCAGAAUAUUGACUUUAUCACAAGUGGUCUAGGAGAAGGUUUGCUCAUCGAUGGUCAUAUAAUUUGUUUAAAUUCCAUCGAUUUAAUAAAAAAACCAUAUAACAUCGAGACAGAAGAAAGUUACUAUUUUCUGAAAGUUUUCCUGUUUUGUCUUCCUUUGUACCUACGCUUUUCCAAUGGGAUAUUUGUUUUGGAAAGAUGCAGAAUCGUUACUAAAACGUUGAGUAUACUCACCAGACGAAGUAUUAUCAUGAACCCAAAUGAACAUACGAGUGUAGUGAAAAUAUUGGCUUUUAAGGUUUUCAACAAAAUAGUACCGCGCUUAGAAGAGGAAUUCAUAGAGAAUUCAGGACCUGUAGUAAUGCUUACUGUAUUGAAAAGCGUUGACAGCUCUCCAAUGGGUUUAGCAAUCGCCUUAAACUGUUUGGACACCAUAAGAUGUGUCGUGAAAAAUGACACGUCAAAAUGUGUUUCAAAUUCAAUAAUUUUUAAUCACGGAGACGAUACUUUGCUUGAUGUAUGUAAAGAAUUUCUCAAAAUCCCAGCCUUCAAUAGAAAAAUCCAGUUGUGUUUAGAGGAGACGUUCAGCAUUUUAUCAUUACUACUGAACAACCUUACGGAUUCGUGUAAUCUGGAUUUAAUGGAACUAGUAGACAUUACAAUUGCAUUGCUCAACCGUUUUUUACACCCCGAUCCCAUUGAACCGAUAUACGAUAACCGAAUAAUAGUAAACGUUGUGAAUUUCAUUUGGGAAGUGAUUAUCAGAUACGAAAACGUUUGCGAACUGUUUUUUAAACGAAAUGGAGUGUAUGUAAUGUUGGAUAUAUUACAAGCAUAUCCUUAUCCUGUCCAACUUAUCACCCUCGGAACGUUGGUCGACAUGUGUGAAUACAGCGAAGGAAAAUGCAUCCCUUAUUUAAUAACUUGGAAAGGCAAGAAUGGAGUAACACUUGUGCCACUAUUGAUGGAGAUUUUUAGAAAUGAAAACAAAAUGCUGGGUGUGAAAAGCGAGCCUAACGGACAAAUUGGAGAUACCGAUCAUCCACUGAUGGGAAGAGCACAAUAUGACCAAAUAUUCGUAAAGAAGAAUUACAAAAUAAGUCCAGCGGUAGCCGACAUGUUUGCUAGUUGUAGACCAAAAAUUUACGCAAUUUUGACUUUGAUGAACGAACGAUACCGAUCGAUAUUGAAACUUGCAAAUGAAUGCUAUAAAACAUAUAACGAGGGACAAUCGGUACACGAUAAGAUGACUCUACUAUUGGCAGAAAAUUAUUUAGGACUAAAAUGUGGCGAAGCUUGGGAGGAAAUAAAAUAUGAAUUUGAACAAAUGGAGUUCGAACCAUUAUCGGUAGAUGUCAGCAUCAUAGAAUCUUUAAUCGAAAGAACUCAUAAAUGGGGACGAGUUUUAAAGGAAUCGCAGGAAGAACUACUUUACCUUAAAAAAAUGCAAGAUGUCGCCCAAGAGUACAAAAUCUACAACAGAAUACAAGACAGUCGUAUAACGUCCUGUUUACUGAGCAUUAACGAAGCAAAAUACAUAGCAAGAUGUACCGAGCGUAUGUUCCGCAUUGCGCAAAAAUUCAGUCAAAUUCAUCAGGUGGAAAAAGCGAUGGCUAAGAUCUCUCAUGGUCCGUCUCUGCACAAAACUUUCAUGAAAAUGUUACCGAUAACUUGCGUUUUUAAACAAACCGUUCGCCUCAAGAGCGAUUUUAAAACAGACGAACGUUCCGAUUCGAAUGAAAGAACCGAAAAUGAUUAUUGUUACGUUGAUGUACCACCACAAGCUAUUAAAACGCAUCGGCAAACGAACGAUCAAUCUGGAAUACUAACAAUUUCCAAGACGGCAAUGAAGUCGCUAACUUCAAAACUUGAGAUGAAAACCGAACCGGUACAAAAUUCCAAAACCGAUCUCAAAUUGGAAAAUUCAAAUAGUCAGGAGGCAGCAGGUUUAAAGUUGAAUUCGAAUCAAGCUUUAAAACAUUCAAAACCCGAAGCGAUACCUAAAAAUCCGAAAACUGCUGUUAAACCCCAAUCAGAAAUGAAAUAUCUAAAAUCUAAACGAAUACAUCAUUAGUUUUUGUAAAAUAAACUUAAUAAAAUUACUG